GUAACAGUCACAUCUCUUAAUGUCUACUGCAGUUCUUACAGCAGCUUUUGAAACACAUUUGCAGUCUACAAGGGCUUGGAAUGAUGGGAGCAUGAAAAAAAGCUGUUGAGUUCUCACAUGCAUCCGCCUGAUCAUUCGUAGCAAUUUGGAAUUGGCCUUCCAGCUGUUUUCUAAUUGAGAAAAUUGUUUUACUCUGACCUCAUCUCUGCUGGUACUGUUUUACCAUCGGCCUGGCACUGGCUAGAUUAGAAAGCAUGUGGAUGAAGAGCAUGGGCUCAUGCAAGCAGAGACCUGGAAGAGCAGUUGCGGUCCGUGUCCAGCGUGGAUGAACUCAUGACAGUACUUUACCCAGAAUACUGGAAAAUGUUCAAAUGUCAACUGAGGAAAGGAGGUUGGCAGCACAACAGGGAACACUCCAGGUUUGACACAAGAUCAGAUGAUUCACUGAAGUUUGCUGCAGCGCACUAUAAUGCAGAGAUCCUGAAAAGUAUUGAUACUGAAUGGAGAAAAACUCAGUGCAUGCCACGUGAAGUUUGCGUGGAUGUGGGAAAAGAGUUUGGAGCAACUACAAACACCUUCUUUAAACCCCCAUGUGUAUCCAUCUACAGAUGUGGAGGUUGCUGCAAUAGUGAAGGACUCCAGUGUAUGAAUAUCAGCACAAAUUACAUCAGCAAGACACUGUUUGAGAUUACGGUGCCACUGUCUCAUGGCCCCAAACCUGUGACUGUGAGUUUUGCCAACCACACGGCCUGCCGAUGCAUGUCCAAGCUGGAUGUCUACAGACAAGUUCAUUCUAUCAUAAGACGUUCCCUGCCAGCAACACAAACUCAGUGUCAUGUAGCAAACAAGACCUGUCCAAAAAAUCAUAUCUGGAAUAAUCAAAUUUGUCGAUGUUUGGCACAACAUGAUUUUGGUUUCUCUUCUCAGCCUGGCGAUACAGACACAUCUGAAGGAUUCCAUAUUUGUGGACCAAACAAGGAGCUGGAUGAAGAAACCUGUCAAUGUGUCUGCAAAGGGGGUGUGCGGCCCUCCAGCUGUGGACCUCACAAAGAACUGGAUAGAGCAUCGUGUCAGUGCAUGUGCAAGAACAAACUUCUCCCUUCUUCCUGUGGGCCCAACAAAGAAUUUGAUGAAGAUAAAUGCCAGUGUGUAUGUAAAAAAACCUGUCCAAAACAUCAGCCGCUCAAUCCUGCAAAAUGCACCUGUGAAUGUACAGAAUCUCCCAAUAAAUGUUUCUUAAAAGGAAAAAGGUUCCACUACCAGACGUGCAGUUGUUACAGACCACCGUGUACAGUUCGAACGAAACGCUGCGACUCUGGGUUUUACUUCAGCGAAGAAGUGUGCCGCUGUGUACCCACAUACUGGAGAAGACCACUCAUGAAUUAGUGAAGAGAGCACUCCUCGCUAUUUUGGUGUACAUUUUUCCAUUAGAACAAACAAAAGAACGUCAGAAACUUUGCUAAUAUUUGGAAUUAAAUGUUCACCAGAGACCAUGUGGGACUUUCAGAGACAGACACACUCUGCUUUCCUCAAGAUGCAGAAAGCAAAAGAAGAAAAUAACUGGGGUCCGUGUUUUGUAAAGAACUCAGUAAGGAGUUAUUUCCUGCCAAUGACCAAACAGCCUAGGUUCUCCUUGUGAUUUUUUUUUUUAAGAGAUAAUGACUAUAUAAUUUAUUUCCACUAAAAACAUUGUGCAGCAUUCCUGUUUAUAGCAGUAACAAUUGUUAAAGCUCACUGUGAUCAAUAUUUUUAUAUCAUGCAAAGUAUGUUUAAAAUAAAAUGAAAAUUGUAUUAUAGAAAUGGUGGAGAAUGUUUGAUGAACUCUUCUAUAGAAAAGAUCUAUAAUUCAGCUAUAUUAAUGAGGUGUAAAACCAGGGAAAAAGGUUAACAGAAAGCACUUUUAUGAAAAGAAGUGUAAUUGAGAAUGGAGACCACAGUUACUUUUUUCAUAUCUUUUGCACAUGUAGUUUGAAAU